AUGCCUUUCAAGUUGAAGUUGAAGAAGACGCGGCAGUAUAAUGUAGCAUCAAAGAGCUUGUUUGUGAUAAGUGUGGAGCUGCUGGAUGGCGGGGUGGCGGACUGCACGCUGUCCGUGGACAGCACGGGGCAGGAGUGCCUCGACAACGUGUGCCAGCGGCAGGCCGUCAUGCAGCCCGAGCUGUUCGGCCUGCGUUACGUCAACCGCAGCCAGCAGCCGCGCUGGGUGCAGCUCGAGCGCCCGCUCAAGCGCCAGCUUGAGAAGUAUGCGUCGUCGCACCAGCUGUAUCUGCGAGUCAUGUACUAUGUGAUAUCAGGAACAAGCUUGAUCACUGAUGAAGUCACCAGGUACCACUACUUCCUGCAGCUGAAGAAUGACUUAAUAGAGGGCAGGAUCAUAUGUGACUGCCAGCAAGCAGUGGUGCUUGCAUCAUACAGCAGGCAGGCAGAGUAUGGUAACCAUGACCGGGAGAGGCAUACUGUUGACUACCUCAAGAACUUGCUCACAUUCCCCAAGCAAAUGCUAGAUGGAGGACAGAUCAUAGAUGGGAGUACUCUGGCAGAGACUGGGCGACUGGAGUGGCUGACUGAGGCAGUCAUACAGCACCACAUGGCCCUGCACAACAUGUCACAGGCGCAAGCAGAAGAAGGUUUCAUCACGACGUGUCAACAGCUCCGCGGGUACGGACAGGAGAUGUUCAGCGCCCGCGACCAGCUCAACCAGAGCGAGGUCACCAUCGCCAUCUCACUCACUGGCAUCCGAGUGCUCACGGAGACCAGCGAGACUCCUCAUUUCUACAGAUGGAUGGACAUAACGAACGUGAUAAACCACAAGCGCACGUUCAGCAUAGAGUGUCAGAAGCAGACUGGUUCAGCUUCCUUCACGCUGGCUAGCCCCGAGGAUGGGAAGUACGUGUGGUGGUCCUGCGUCCAGCAACACACCUUCUACAUGAAGCACCAGAGCGCGCUCAGUGAAGCUCCUCGAGAUGAACAUAGGCCUAAGUUCCAGGAGCACGGUCUGUCGGACAGCCGCGAGGAGCUGGACGCGCGCGAGGUGGGCAGCAUGUCGCGCCUGGAGCCGCUGAGUGCGGCGCACCGCGCGUACUCCACCUCCUGUCUCGAGCUCGCCGACCAGCAUCAUCUGCAGCAUCAGCCGCCGCCGCUGCCGCAGAAUAGAGCGCUCCUCCCGUCGUACCGGCCGGCCCCGGACUACGAGACUGCCAUACAACAGAAGUACCAACAACAACGCGCCGAGGCAGCGCUGCGCUACGGCCGGGCCGCCAAGCCAUACGGGUCACACCCCGACAUACCGCGCAUGUACCCUGACGUCACUCGACACACCCCCCGCCAGCCCGCAGACGACUACCCCUACCCCCUCAACUUCAUCGGCACCAACUACCCCUUCGCAGUCAACCCCAACGUACAGACCGAUCUCAACCAGCUCCACUUCGUCAACGUGUACAAGCCCCCGCCCCCCUACCCCUCCAACGGGCUGGCCUCCAACUCCACCCCCGACCUGGCCGUGGCCAGCCAGGCCCUCAACUACCACCGCGGGUACAUCAACUCGCACGUGUCGGGCUCCAGCCCCGACCUGGUCUCCACGCGCUCCGCACUCAACAGGCAGUACUUGGGCUACAUCAAUACUAGUCACAUUAACUACGGACGGCCCAACGUCAUGCCUGGCACGCACGGGACCUACAACAACCUCGCCUCCGUCAUGGACCCCAAGCCACACAUCAUACUCGACCCCCACCAUAUAUCCGACAACAUACAGAAGGUGUACGACGAGCGAGGGAACAUCAUGUACUCCAUGCCCAUGCACAGGAUACCGUACCAGAGGCACGUCGUACUACCGCAGUCACAACAAAUCAAGCUCGGAGACACACAGGAACCUAUCUAUGAAAACGUACCGUUACCGUGGCAGAACGAGGGGAAGAUUACAAUGCGGGACCGUGCACAGAGUCUUACCACUACUGACGAGAUCGCGAGGCUAAACGAACGGAACAGUAGUCACCCGACGAUAAACAAAUAUUUGUCUCCGAACAUAAACAUCCCGUACGGCCCUGUCAAGGUGGACAGUCCGGACAGCCACUACGUGAACGCGCAGAUAAUCAAAGGAGUGCGCGAGUCCAGCGUGCCCAAGGAGCUGUCGGCGUCGAGCCGGUCGGUGCGGGACGCGGAGUUGGAGGCCGUGGCGCUGUCCGUGGAGCGCGUGGCGCUGCACGACGAGCGCGAGGCCGACGAGACGCCCUACCAGAGUCUGUCCGCGCACCGCGUCAGCAACAACAACACGAUCCACAAGGGAGAUAACGUCACCUCCAUACUAGUCGGCGACUCGCGCCCGACCGCGCCGGACAUCAGCCACAGCACGGCCGACACCACCGCCAGUAGCAUGGACACGGACACUAGCAAGGCCAGUAGCAAGGAGAAGAAGCGGAGACGGUGGGGAGUGUUCAUGGGGCGCGCCAACAAGUCGGAGGCCCGCAGCGCCACGCUGGGUCGGUCUAGGCCGGCGCCGCCGCCCCAUACGCAUCGUUGGUCUACCGGCCUGCCUAAAUUCCAGCCACUGCCACCCAGCAUCACCAAAGAAACUAUGAUUCAAAUCCUAGAGCGCAAGAUGUCGGACGAGCAGCUAUCGUUUGCAUUCGAGCAGAUCCCGAAGGGCCGCGAGACAGGCGGGGACUUCCGCACCGCCCUGCUCCCGCAGCACGGCGCCCUCAACGGGUUCAGUGCCGACCACCUGCCGUAUGAAGACAACCGAGUUAGAUUACACCCUACGCCUAACAACCCACAUGGGUAUAUUAAUGCCUCGCAUAUCACUAUGACAGUAGGCAGCACUCAACGCUUCUACGUGAUAGCCAAAGUGGGUAACGCGUCCGCCAGCAGUAGCCCGGCGGCGGCGGGCUGCGCGUGCGGCGGGGGCUGCGCCCUCGUGUGGCAGGCCGCCUGGCAGGUCGGGGCGCCGCUACUGGCGCGCGUGGCAGGCCCCGGCCAUCCGCACUACCUGCCGCAUGAUAAUACCACUAAGGACUUCGGGAAGUUCCAGGUGUCGUGCGGCGCGUCGUCCCGUGCGGCGUGGGGCGCGUCGGUGCUGGUGCGCGUGCGCAGCGGCGGGCGCGUGCGGUCGCUGUGGCACGUGCAGUACUCGCUGUGGCACAACGCCGGCGCCGCGCCAGACUCACACGCACACUUCCUCGCAUUCCUAUCAGAAGUGAAUAGCCUGCGCCUGGCGUGCGAAGCAGAAGCGGGCGCAGGCCGCGGGGCAGGCGGCGCGCUGCGCGGCGGCGGCGCGGGCGGGCCGCUGCAGGGCGGCGGCGCGGGCGGCGCGCUGUACGGCGGCGGCGCGGGCGCAGCGCUCGUGCUGUGCUGCGAGCACGGCGCGGGCCGCAGCGGGACGGCGCUCGCCGCAGACCUGCUGCACGAUAUACUCGAUAAUAAUCAGGAGCUGGACAUCCCUCGUACAAUAAGCAUGUUGCACCAACAGCGCGCCAACAUGAUACAGAACGUGCACCAGUACAAGUUCCUGCAUCAGUUGCUGCUGCACUACCUCAAGCAGUCGCGGCUCAUAUAG